AUGACUUCGCCGGUUUACUCCUCGGAGUUGCUUAUAUUGACAGAAGAGUCUGUUUGGCAAAUGUACUACUUGGCAAUCUUCGCAGUUAGUCGUCGUGCGCCGCGAGGAACCUACCUCGUUCUAUGGGCUUCAGGUGUUCCAGCCGCGGGUUUUCACAAAAAAGGCAAAGGAGACUAUGUAAUUUGUCAGCUGACUUUUCCAAUUGACCCAAUGGCCGGCACUGCGCCACAUACGACGGCCGGGGAGGACGGCGGCGACUCAAAGGAGGAAGCAGCAGCGACACAACAGGAGGGGUUGUCAGAUGCUGCGACCGCUGCCCUUUCGAAAAAGAAAAGGCCCAAACGGACGGAAAAGGCAACAAGGCAGACGAGGAAGAGCGCCGCAAAGUCCACCAUGACUCCCAAAGAAGUCCCCAGCGUUCCCUCCUCCUCUGCUCCUCAGGUGGAUCUAGAUGAGGAGGACGAGCAGCCAAAAUCCCAGUUAGCGGACCCGAACGAACUGGAAAUUCCGGCCGCUCCCGCCGCUAAUCAACUCUCCGCCUCUGAGACCCCGUGUAAUAUUUUUGGAUUUUGGGAUCAAUCGGUAAAUGCCGUAUUUAUUGGCAUACACCUUAAAGUCACGACUGCAGCUCGGAAACGCGUGCACUCGAAGUCCUUCCCGGAAGUUAAUGGCUCGCUGAACACAAAUGACGUUGAAGGUCUCGAAACUGCCGACGUGACAGUUGCGGUCAAUUCGAAAAAACGCAAGGUUACGUUGCCAAGUGUUCCUUCCCAGGCGGCCGCUGCCGUUGCCUCCCCCAAUGCUAGGCCCCCCUCCCCAAAGCAGGCCAACGGGGUGCGCACCCUCAAGAACGCCUCUAAUUUGCGGCAGGCCGACGAAGCCACCUCUGUGACGUUGGUCAGCUGCGGUGAUGAAUAA